AUGCCUUCUCGAAUCAAUUCAACGAAGAAAAAGCAAAAAGUUACAAAAAAUGAGAACGAUGACUCGAAGAAUUAUGAAAAAUAUUUGGUAAGUUCCUUUUCUAAAUAACUUCUUCGAAUUUUCUUUUUUUCAGGAAAAAAUCAAAAAAGAUAGAAAUGAUUCAAAAAAAUGCAAUGACAAAUUACUUAAGAAUAAAUUCGUUGGAAAUCGAAUGAUUAAAGAUCUUUUUAAUAACUUCACCGUUAGUUCAUUCAAUUUUAAUAAAAUUUAUGGAAAUAAUUUUUUAGAAAUACAAAGAUGCGAUCAACAAUAAUUCAACAAUUAUUUUGCCUCGAACUGACAUGUUGUGCAAUUCAAAGAACGAUACAUACGGAUAUGUUUCGACUUCGGACUGA